ACAAGGUAUCUUAAAGUGCUUUAUGUUAAUAAAUAAAAAAAACAGAUUCAUUUCUGGUUUAUCCAAUAUUAGCCUCCAUUAGUGCCUGACAACUAACUCCAUAAGUCCUAUAUUCGUCAUAGUCCUAACACCAGGUUCUUUAGUUGUGUCCACACUCCACAGCGGGAUAUAUUUCCACAGUCCGCAGCCAAAUACAUUUCUACACUCCACGGCCCCAAAAUGUUCAACUGCCCAAAUCACCAUCUCCAAUUGCCAAAAUCCCUGACACAAAUCUCAUGGACGUCCGUCUCAGACAGAUGGGCGUCAAAAGAACAUGCACAGGCUUGACUGCAGUGGAACAUAUUGAUCCAAAACAAUUCUCUAUUCCUUAGAUAGUCCACUACUUUUUGCCAAAUGUUUGCCAUUUGGGAAAGCAGCCAUGGCAUUUGAAGCACUGGAGGACACACUUAUGUGGACUUAUUCCGGCAGCCACUUUCUAAAUGAUAUGAUAAAACCCAGAUGUGGCUAUACAAUGGUUCACCCUAUAUUUAUAUUUACACAGCCAGAAAAAAAAAACUAAGAGCUGACUAUCCACGAACUGAUUAUGUUAUUCAUGUACAGUUAGUACUGCGCAGUUCUGAGUGUGAACCCUCCGGAACUAACAGGAACAUCUGAGUUGUAUACUGAUCCAAUCAGAUGCUAGAAUAAGAUCCAAGACUCAGCCAGCGGUAGGCCAACCUCCCCUUCAUUCGUCACCAUGUCGUUAGACGAGCUGUUAUAAAUGCCUCUGUAGAAGCAAGUUGAAGGAAAGGGGUUUCAAGAGAUUCAGUAAGAAACAGACAAGGGAAAUUUAACAAAGCCAGUUUUUACUUACGGCAUCGAGAUGUACAUACUCGGAGAGAAAACACUUGUCUUUUUCUACAUUUCAAUACAGAUAUGCUCAAAUGUCUUGGCGCAGGUGUGUCCGCCAAGGUGCCGCUGUCCGCGGGAGCCUCCAAUGUGUGCCCCCGGAGUUCAGCUGAUUCUGGAUGACUGCGCCUGCUGUCUGGUCUGUGCAAGGCAAAGAGGCCAGGUGUGUUCUGUGAUGAACCCCUGUGAUACACGCAAAGGUCUUAACUGCGACUACACAGCCGACGUACACAAGAGGACAGGCAUUUGUGUGGCCCACGAGGGAGACAUCUGCCUAUUGGAUGGGUCUGUUUACCAGAACGGGGAGACCUUCUUCCCCAGUUGCAAGUACCAGUGCACCUGCACAGACGGUCAGAUCGGAUGCGUGCCACGAUGUGACCUGGACCUGAUGCUACCAGGCCCUGAUUGCCCUUUUCCCAGAAAGGUUGAAGUCCCAGGGGAAUGUUGUGAGAAAUGGGUGUGUGAGCCCCAACCAGAGGCCAGCGCCCUGGGCUUAGCAAUGGCCGCAUACAGGCAGGAAGAGACGGUCGGGCUUGAUUUGUGGGACCCCAGUAUUAACUGUAUAGAGCAGACCACAGAAUGGGGCGCCUGCUCGCGGACCUGUGGCAUGGGGACCUCCACCCGGGUCUCCAACAAGAACCGGCGCUGUGAGAUGGUCAAGCAGACGAGGCUGUGCAUCAUCAGGCCCUGCGACGCACCGCAGCUUCAGAGAAAUGAAACUCUGAAGAGAGGCGGUAAAUGCCUGAGGACGAAGAAGGUGGUCGAGCCGGUCCGAUUCAGCUACAAGAACUGCACCAGCGUCCAGGCCUUCAGGCUGCGCUACUGCGGCGUGUGUACAGACGGACGCUGCUGCACCCCCCACAGCACCAAGACGGUGCAGGUGGAGUUCCGCUGUGGCCGGGGCCAAGCUGUCAAGAAACCUGUGAUGUUCAUCAACACCUGUGCCUGCCAUAGCCACUGCCCUAGGGACAAUUCCCAGUAUCAGUCGUCAGACGUGGUUCACAGUGGCUACAAGUUAUAGGUCAUUUGAUAACCGCACUGUGUACCCUACUCCUGUGACUGUAUCGCCCUCUGGUGGAGAGAAGUGUGUACACCCCGGCGUUUGUUUGUCCAGUCUCAGUGCCCCGCUACGUUUUAGAGAAUGAAUGUGCAUGCUUUUUUUUUUUUUUUGGCGUCUCCUGCUGAAAAAGGCUUUGCAACAGACUUUUAAUGUUCUGCUUACUGCAGAUGGCUGAAGGAAUUCCACAGAGCUCAUAGUUCACUUGAAGACAGCCUCUGAUUGUUCCAGAGGUUAUGUAGACCGCUCCAGAAAAUCGCAUUUUGGCUACCUACAAAUGCAGUCCAUGCAAAUCAUGUGCGUGACUCUUGCCCUCUCCCAGGCUCUCCAGCCAACCGGUUCUUGACCCACUGAACAGCCAAGUCAAAGGUUGUUCUCACAAUGUACUGGUGGUUCCUACAGCAGCUUGUCAGACCCAUGCCCCCAGCUUCCUGGUCACGGUCAACCUUGGUAGAAUCGUUGUCAAACACUUGGUUUAAGUUUUCUUGGCGUGCAGGUUCAGUAGAAAAUGUAAAUUAAAAUCCCGUUAUACUAGGAACCAAUAGUAAAUCAAGUGCCCCUUGAAAUAAUUUGACAUUAUUUGAUCCUUGUCUGAUAUGCAGUGAUUUAUUACAAUGCUAUGUCAAUUUUCCUCCAACACAAAGCAAAUUGUGGGCUUGUAUCUAAAUUUUAAGGCUUGUAUCUAGUCGUCUAUUGUAGAAAGACAACAUUUAUGUAAAUACUUGAUGUAUAGCUUGUGUGUUUACAACAGAGAAUGUAUGCCUUUGUAAAUCAAUGUAAAUAUGAACUGUAUAAAAAGUAUGUACUUAGAUGUUAUUGCAUUUUACACCACCUAUUAUAUUUACAGUAUUAUACUUACGAUUUCCUAUAAAAUAUUUUUUUUUCUAAAA